CUCCGCAGUACGUCACCUAAUACGGUGAGCAUCAAGCCCAUAUGCGAUUGAAGGGGGCAUUUGAAGCCAGACAGUUGUCAUACGACCGGGCUUGCAAAGAUAAAUAGCGCUAUGUCCACGCUGAAUAUGACAAUUAUUUUACCCAAGACCAUCUCGGCUGCUCCUAGGACCUCACCAUGAUCGUUAUGCUCAAGGCCCUUCUUCUAGGGCUCGGCGCAUUCCAAGCUGUAUCUGCGGAAAAGCCUAGUCACACUGAGCUCUACCGUCCACAGUAUCACUUCACUCCCCCCAAAAAUUGGAUGAACGACCCCAAUGGCCUCCUGUAUUACAAGGGUAUCUACCACCUUUUCUAUCAGUAUAAUCCGGGCGGAACAACGUGGGGUGCCAUGUCAUGGGGUCAUGCCACCAGUCGAGACUUGACUCACUGGGAGCAACAGCCUAUCGCCCUCCUCGCCCGUGGCUAUCCUCACAACAUCACUGAGAUGUUUUUCUCCGGAUCUGCCGUGGCUGAUGUUGGCAAUACAAGUGGUUUUGGCCAUAGUGGCAAGACGCCUUUAGUUGCCAUGUAUACUUCCUAUUAUCCUUACGCACAAACCAUGCCAAGCGGGAAGACAGUCCAAGCAAACCAACAAGCCCAGUCCAUCGCCUAUAGUCUGGAUGAUGGCAUGACUUGGACCACGUAUGAUGCGGCGAACCCAGUCAUCUUGGAUCCUCCCGCCCCAUAUUCAGAUCAAUUCCUCAACUUCCGUGAUCCGAAUAUUUUCUGGCACAAACCGACGAAGAAGUGGAUUGCUGUUAUCUCUUUAGCACAGCUCCAAAAGCUCCUGAUUUACACAUCCAAGGACCUAAAGAACUGGACUUUUGCCAGCGAAUUCGGGCCAGUCAACGCUGUCGGCGGGGUGUGGGAGUGUCCGAAUCUUUUCCCAAUGUCUGUCGAUGGUGGCAGUGGCAACGACAGCGUGAAAUGGGUCGUAAUGAUCGGACUCAACCCUGGCGGACCCCCUGGAACUAUCGGCUCGGGCACUCAGUAUGUUGUUGGAAGCUUCGACGGAACCACGUUCACCGCCGAUGCCGACAGUCUAUUUUCAGGGACCACGCCCCCGCCAAGCGAUAGCAUCGUUUUUGCAGACUUCGAAGGUACAGGGAACUUUGCCGAUCUUGGUUGGACCCCCACUGGAGACUUCAUAGGCCAGUCACCAGUUAACGGCACGUUGUCUGGACAGAACCCUGUGACUGGCUACUUAGGCAAGCGCCUCGUCAAUACAUUCCUAGAUGGGGAUGCCACGACUGGGACACUCACCUCUCAAUCCUUCGCGAUCUCCAAGAGAUAUAUCAACUUUCUCAUCAGUGGCGGCCAUGACCUCAAUAACACAGCUGUGUACUUGAAGGUGGAUGGUCAAAUAGUGCGGUCCGCUACAGGGACAAACAGCGAGAACCUCUCCUGGAACAGUUGGGAUGUCGGCUCGCUGCUGAACCAGAAUGCCGUGAUUCAGAUUGUUGACACCGCAGCCGGCGGCUGGGGCCAUAUAAAUGUCGACGAAAUUUCCUUCUCGGACUCCAUGGCACGAAACCAAGUGGCUAACUGGGUAGACUGGGGCCCAGAUUUCUACGCGGCCCAGGGCUAUAAUGGAUUGUCUCCUGACGAGCACAUCGCUAUAGGCUGGAUGAAUAACUGGCAAUACGGUGGACUGAUCCCCACUAGCCCGUGGCGCAGUGCAAUGUCAAUCCCUCGAGAACUUUCACUAAAGAAGAUCCAUGGAAAAGCCACUCUGGUGCAGGCCCCCAAGGAGAAGUGGGAUUCCAUCUUGAGCCGUAAAGGCAUCGAUCAGUCUUGGUCUUCUUUGAAUCAAGGCACAAAGUCACUAGGCUCGGUUGGAAAGGCACUGCGGAUUGAACUUAGUUUCUCUGACCGAGAUCCAGCUGCCGUGGGUGCUUCUCAGUUCGGAAUCAUUGUUCGGGCUACCCCAGACCAUGAACAACAGACACGAGUUGGCUACGACUUCACAACUAAGGAAAUAUUCGUCGAUCGAAGCCAUUCCGGUGAUGUUUCAUUUGACGGCACUUUUCCCGCGACGUAUUACGCUCCACUGGCUGCUAACGCCGAAGGUCAAAUCAACCUGCGGGUUUAUCUGGACUGGUCUAGUGUUGAGGUCUUCGGAGGCGAGGGCGAGACUGCAAUGACCGCGCAGUUAUUCCCGAGCGAUAAUGCAACCUACGCCCAUAUCUUCUCCACGGGAGGAAGCACCCAGAAUGUCCGAAUUAGAAUCAAUAAGAUUUCUUCGGUGUGGGGCCUAUAGUCAGGAUUGGACGAGUGCUCCACAAACGAGGAGACUUGAUUUAGAGGUAUUGCAAAU